CAGUUUAUCUGUAGCGAGCAAUAAUUUGUGUUGAAGUUAAGUUUUCCAUCCCGAGGAGUAGAACAAUGGAUAUAGAAAUCAAACAGGAAAACAAUAUUGAUGAAAAGAAACGUAAAAUAGAUAGUUUAGAGUCGUUGGGACCAUACAUAGUGGAGCAGGAUAACGCGAAGAACUUUGUCUACAUUUCCGAUAUUCCUCAACUGUGCAAGGACGAACCAUGCAUGCUCGGAGUAGACGAAGCGGGUCGAGGGCCCGUCUUGGGCCCAAUGGUGUAUGGAAUCGCCUUCUGUCCGCUGUCGAAGAAAAAAGUCCUAAAAACGCUCGGUUUCGCCGACUCGAAACAGCUGACCGAGGGCAAGAGAGAUGCAAUAUUCGAUGACAUGAAUCGACAGGAUUACGCCGUCGAGUCGCUCGGAUGGGCAGUCGAGGCCAUAUCACCGAACGUGAUCUCAAUGAACAUGCUGAAACGUUCGAAACAUUCCCUGAACGAAGUGUCGAUGGACUCGGCCAUCGGGUUGAUCAAUAGGGCUAUCGAGGCCGGCGUUAACAUUGCCGAGGUAUACGUGGACACGGUUGGGCCACCGGAAAAGUAUCAAGCAAAGCUGAAAACUAUCUUUCCCAAGUUCAAAAUUACCGUCGCUAAGAAGGCUGAUAGCACGUACCCGAUCGUUUCGGCGGCCAGUAUUGCGGCGAAGGUUACCCGUGAUCAUGCACUGAAGGGUUGGAAGUUCCGCGAGCGGUCGAACGAAGGCGAGAACGAUUUCGGCAGCGGAUAUCCGGGAGAUCCAACGACGAAAGAUUUUUUGGGCGAAGUAGACCUUGUUUUCGGAUUUCCGCGUUUGGUACGAUUCAGCUGGUCCACGGCAAGUAAUGCGCUGGAGAAAAAGGCGUACGAUAUGCAGUUCGAAGAUGAAUCCGAUGCUCAAGCGGCACAGAAAGCCACAUAUGGUAGUGAAAAAUUAUCCAAAUACUUUUCGGCGUCGAAAAAUGAGAAUAGGAAGAGGAACGAAUACUUCAGAGAUCGUUGCCUGGAACAUGUAGUGGACUUGUAGAAUAAAGUAUGAUGUCAACUUGGGGCGGAAAAAUGAAAUUACAAUUCGUUAUUUUUUAGAA